AUGCACGGCUCCCUCCACCUCCGCCUCCUUCGCGCCAACCGCCUCCCCAAGUGCGAUCACUUCGGCCUCAGCGACCCCUACGUCAUGGUCCGCGUCGGCCACGUCCAGCGCCAGUCCAGCGUCGUCUACUGCUCCUUGGACCCGGUGUGGGGGGACGAGAUGACGUUCGAGGUAGACGGCAGGAUGGAGCGACUCGAGCUCCGCGUCUACGACUGGAACGUGGGGGUGGCGACGGACAAGCUUAUCGGCCUCGUUGAGAUCCCCUUGAAGGACGUCUGUAACCGGCAGGUGGAGAAAGAGAAGAACCUCAAGUACCUUCACCACGGCAACAGCUCGAGCAGGUAUGCGUCCUCGUGGGUGGACGCGGAGGACGAGAUGGAUGGAGGAGAGCAGCUGCUGCUGCUGGACCUCCGCUUCAAGAACCUCUUCCAGGAUAUGCUCAGAUCGCAGGAGAACAAUCAAUGGACCCCCAUCAGAUCGACCAGCAUCGUCGUGGGCGGCACCUCCGCCGAGUUCCAGGCGGUCAAGAUCGACCUCAACGACCUUGAUGGGCAGCUGCAGAUCCCGCUGCUGUUCGAACUGGAAGAGAUUGAGCAGAAGAAGAACAAGCAGAAUAUUUACAUGGUCGGAAAAGUCGUCUUGAGCCCCAUCCAGAUCGAGAGUCUCUUCCGAUCCAAGACUUCUACCAAGCUCAAGGUUAGACUUUGA